UGUGUCAUACAAUUUGGAGGCAACAAUCAUAUAUACGAAAUUGAAAGUUAAAUAAUUGAUUGCACAUAGGAGAAUAUGAGGAUGACUUGGGGAGUACCAGAACAAGGAUGGAGGAAAGGGCCUUGGACUCCUGAGGAGGAUCAGCUGCUCACUGAGUAUGUCAACUUGUAUGGAGAAGGAAGAUGGAGCUCAGUAGCCAGGUGCGCAGGGUUGAAUAGGAGUGGCAAGAGCUGCAGGCUUAGGUGGGUGAACUAUCUGAGACCUGGUCUUAAGAGAGGCCAAAUAACACCUCAGGAGGAAGGCAUCAUCAUUGAACUCCAUGCCCUAUGGGGAAACAAGUGGUCUACAAUUGCUAGAUACUUACCAGGGAGAACAGACAAUGAGAUAAAGAACUACUGGAGAACGCAUUUCAAGAGUAAGGAGAAAUCCUCUCAAAAGCAAGAAAAGAAAAAGGUUCAGAUUCUAAAACUGAAACAACAACAACUGUCACAGCUACAGGCACAACCAAUUGAAGAUCAAAAAGGGGUGUUAUCUUAUGCAGAAGCUGCGGCCGCCAUCCCUGGAUAUGGCAGCAAGGGAAUUGAUCAGGCACCACAGGAAAUUAGGCAAGAGAUGGUGUUCAUGUACCCUACUCUGGAGGACCAGUGCCUGCCUGUGAUGAUGAUGCCUCAGGAUUCAGCUUCUUGGUCUGAUCAUCAGCCUGUGUUGGAUGAUGGUAUACCAUGGGGUGGCCUGUGGAAUCUGGAUGAUGAUUAUCACACUAGUAUGCCAAGGCACACCCACAACAACACAGGGUUUGGAGUGAGCGCUCGCUCUGGUUUCCUCACUGCCACCAUUGCUGCUCCUAAACUUGAUCCUUUCAUCUCUGCUUCACAGAGGAGGUACUCUGCUGCACCCUUUUCUCUUACUCUUUCUUAGUUAAAAUCUGAAGAAACUCAAGUUAAAAUUCUGUUAUGAUGAUGAGAUAGCAUGAUUUUUGUUAAUGGACUUACUAAUUUGUUGUCUUUUGGAUUCUUGGUAUUUCAUAUAAUCUGUUAUUGGAUUUCUGUUACAAACAUGCAAUCUAGAGAAAUCUGAAGUGGGUCUGUAAUGUCUGUUUGUAGUUUUUUAGUCUGGAGCAUUCUCAAUAAUUGUAGAUGUUGAUGAUGUUGUUGUUGUGCCACUCUUGAUGUUCAGUUAAAUUUAUCUAUUUCUUUGAUUGCUGAAUAACCGGUAUUGCUAAGUAGGAAUGUGAAUGUGGAAGGCUUAGUGGAUUUUUGAGCGUGUGCUGGGUUGUCACGAAUUGCUAUCAUCUGUGGGUUUUCCAUCAUUAUGUAGCAUUUUAUGUCUCCUGCUUUGCUAGGAUCAAGAUGAGUUUUGGAGUUCUCGGGCUCUCUUAAAACUCUAUUCUGUUUUGAUAUCCUUCUUGAAAGAUAUUUUUUUUCUGAAUAUGAGUAGGAAAACUCAAUGUCCCCAUACCUUACUGGAAAUUCGGGUAGAUAAACUGUGCAUAACUGCUGGUCAUACACUAUAUUUUUCCCUGGUAGUUAGUGAUGUCGUGCUAGAUGAUUGUGUUGUUUAGAUGGCUGGUACUUCUCAUUCAUAUGACAAGAUUGCCAAACAGUAGCUUGAACUGUCUUUACUAAUGGGUUUAGAUCCGCUGUUGUUGGAUUAAGAUCAUUUCAAUCCAUCCUUGGUAAUUGGCACAUAUCCUAAUGUCUCACUCCUUGAAAAUUCAGCUCUUUGGGUAAGUACAAGAGGUGUGGUGAUGUAUAGAUGACAGCAUGCUCCAAAUGUAAAGGGGCUGGGUUAAUCAGAGCACAGGAUUCAUUCAGUUUUAACCCCAUGGAGGACUUAAGUCAAUACUUUGGGUUGUUGUAUCAAAGGUUAAUUUUGCACCAUGUACAAAGUACCAAGCUAAAGGUCACUUCCCCUGUCCUGAUUGCUGUAAAACAUUCAAAGGUUGAUUUUCUUUGGUCUUCAUAAACCAGAUAUGACGAGCACAGUUGAACAUGGAUAUUUGUAAGGGUGUUUUCUUUUAUCUAUUGCAAUUGUUUAAUAGCAAAAGGAGUAAAUCAGGAUUUCUACUCUCUGAGCUGCUGGAAAUCUGCUCCUAAAUCCAUCUUGUGGGCCCACUGUGCUGAUGUGGCAGCUGCAUAUCCCAUGUGGCUAAUGACAAGCAACAAGACAUUACCAAGGGGAAUGGACAGGGCACCUUAUAUCCCCUUCUUCUGCAUGUUAGGACUUAGGAGCAAUCAAAGCCAUCACAUAGCCACAUUUGACUAAGUUCACCAAGGUCUACCAUGCUUCCGUAUUGAGUGGGUUCCUAUUUGUACCACUAUGUGAGACCAAAGAGUAUAAAGUUGCUGUCCAGAUGUUGCAAUCUGUUGGUGUGUGUGCUUGAUUGAAAUCACGCCCUGCAAAGUUUGCUGUCCUGAUGUUGCAAUCUGUUGGUGUGCUUGAUUGAAAUCAGGCACUGCAAAGUUACUCACUGCUUUUAAAGGAGUGAAAAUGAUGGAAAUAAUUCAGCAUUCGUUGUUUGAUUGUGAUAUCUAUGUCCUCCACUUCAGUAGUGGACCUUUUUCUUGAUGAGAUGAUAUGAUAUUCUGUUUCACUCUCUGGGACCAAAUGACUUAUCCAGUAAAAAAGUUUCAAAUUU